UUUUGUGGUUGAAGCAGAGGAUGAGGACGCUGGAAAGCCGAGCACAAUUCCUCGCUCUGUUUCAGGCGCUGGGGGUGAGGUUGUAGCUCAGCUUUGGGAGCAGGAGCUCGCGACGCGUUCGGAGAGCCGGGUGCUGGCCUUUAUGCCUCAGUUUCCCUUUUGUUCAGUGGGAGAAAGCGCCGUUCCUCUCGCUUGUGGGAGUGUGCCGUGGGGGACGGGCUCUGCACAGGGGGAGGCACCGUCCCACACUGGAUGGUUACGGCCACUGGUAGAUGAAUGACCAGCACAAGGCUGGCUGAAACUGCUGCGCUUUACCCUGUGGAUCGCCUCCCAUCUUUGAGUGGCAAGUGAGAUGAAUUUAGCAGCUGUGUUUCUUUCUGGGCCACGAUGUUUUGUUCUCGUUGAGGACCGCUUUGGGCCAAGCGCACGGGCUGCGCUCCCUGGGAGAAAGCAUCCGAGCACACAGUUUGAUUGAGGAGCGGCGGCCGCAGCUCAUCCUCUGGCAGGCGCAGAAGAUGCAGGAGUCUGCGUAGCAGACGCUGCGGUGUGCCCCGGCACUCCCCAAACAAGGUUUUGGGGGAAUCGGGGGCCGGCCGACUGCCUUGGCAGCGGUGGGGACGGCGGUUCCAUCCCGCGUGCUUCCUCCCGUCCGCCAGCGCGCAGCAGACGUGGAGAAGGACGCAGCCACCCUGUCUCCUUGUCAGUGCGGAGUUUGGAGCCAAAUAAACAGCCCGGCACACCCCCACCCCGAUCGCCUUACAGAGCCUGGUGCCGGAGCCCAGCGCCGAAUUUAGAGCCCUUAUCUAUUGUCAGCCUCUGCGGUCGCUGCUGCUCUGCCGGGGGGGGUUGUUUGCCCCAGAUCCCCUUUUUGCUCCUGACACAGAUCUUCAAUGUUGGAAGUGCCAGGGGCUGGUUGGAGCUGCGAUGGUUGAGUCUGAGCAUUGGGAUGGAGGCAGGAACCUGGUCUUGCCUGUUCCUGGUGGUGUUGGCCAGAUCUUUCCCAUCCAUCUCUCCAAGGGACUCUCCGGUUUCUGAGCAGCUGCUGACGGCUCAGCCCCGCUGGAUCCAGCCGCACAGGAGGAUACCAUGAACUGAGCAAGGAGCGACGCAAAACUUAUUUUUUUUUUUGGCUUUUUUUGUUUGUUUUUCAUCCAAAAAAAAGCCCCCCACGCUCUUUAAUGAAAGCAUUUUAAAACGGGGUCACUUUUCCCCUCCCCUGAACUGAAGUCGUCCCGGGUGUGGUGAGGAUUUCCGGAGAAGAUGGGGAGAAAAAAGAUCCAGAUCCAGCGGAUCACAGACGAGCGCAAUCGGCAGGUGACCUUCACCAAGCGCAAAUUUGGCUUGAUGAAGAAAGCCUACGAGCUGAGCGUCCUCUGCGACUGCGAGAUCGCCCUGAUCAUCUUCAACCACUCGAACAAGCUGUUCCAGUAUGCCAGCACCGACAUGGACAAGGUGCUGCUCAAGUACACCGAGUACAAUGAGCCCCACGAGAGCCGGACCAACGCGGACAUCAUCGAGACAUUAAGAAAGAAAGGUUUUAACGGCUGUGACAGCCCGGAGCCCGACGGCGAUGACUCGAUAGACCAGAGCCCCUUGAUGGAGGAUAAAUACCGUAAAGGCAGCGAGGAUCUGGAUAUCCUGUUCAAGCGAUAUGGUGCGCUGAACAAGAAGCACAGGGAGUGCGAGAGCCCGGAAGGGGAUGAAGUGUUUGCGUUGACCCCGCAGACGGAAGAGAAAUAUAAAAAGAUUGAUGAGGAGUUUGAUAAAAUGAUGCAGAGUUACCGGCUCGCAUCCGCAGUGCCUGCUCCGAACUUCGCCAUGCCCGUGACGGUGCCGGUGACCAACCAAAACACGCUACAGUUCAGCAACCCGGGCAGUUCGCUAGUGACCCAGUCCCUGGUGACCUCCUCUCUGACGGACCCCCGGCUCCUCUCGCCGCAGCAACCGGCGCUGCAGAGAAACACCGUGUCCCCGGGGCUGCCACAGAGGCCAGCCAGCGCAGGGGCGAUGCUUGGGGGAGAUCUGAACAACACGAACGGAGCCUGCCCAAGCCCCGUGGGAAAUGGCUACGUGAGUGCCAGAGCCUCUCCGGGUCUCCUUCCCGUGUCCAACGGCAGCAGCUUGGGCAAGAUCAUCCCAGCCAAGUCCCCGCCACCGCCCUCCCACAGCACGCAGCUCGCCACCAACAGCCGCAAGCCGGAUUUACGUGUGAUCACCUCGCAGAGCGGGAAGGGGCUAAUGCACCAUUUGAAUACGCAGCGGUUAGGUGUCUCCCAAGCAACUCACUCUUUAACCACACCGGUUGUUUCUGUGGCUACUCCGAGUUUGCUGACGCAGGGGCUGCCUUUCUCUGCCAUGCCCACAGCGUACAACACAGAUUAUCAACUGACAAGCGCCGAGUUGUCUUCGCUGCCAGCAUUCAGCUCACCUGGUGGGCUGUCACUUGGCAACAUCUCCGCUUGGCAGCAGCAACAGCAGCAGCAGCAGCAACAGCAGCAGCAGCAGCAGCAACAACAGCAGCAGCAGCAACAGCAGCAGCAACAGCAGCAGCAACAGCAGCAGCAACAGCAGCACCUGGUUCCUGUAUCACUAGGAAAUUUAAUACAAGGGAGUCACUUGUCCCACACCACCACUUUGACUGUCAACACCAACCCCAACAUCAGCAUCAAGUCGGAACCCGUCUCGCCCAACCGGGAAAGAAACACUGCUACCCCGCUCAGCACCUUCCCCCACCCGCCCCGGCACGAGCCCACGGGCCGCUCACCCGUCGACAGCCUCAGCAGCAACACCAGCUCCUACGAAGGCAGCAGUGAGCGGGACGACCCUGCCCGCCCCGAUUUCAGCUCAUCCCUGGGCCUCCUGCGACCCACCAGCGAGCCCGAGGGGGAAAGCCCCUCUGUAAAGCGUAUGCGGUUGGAUACCUGGGUCACAUAACGGGUCCCCGCCGUCCCUGGGAGUGUCGCCGGCUCGCAGCGGGGCCGUGGGGAGGGGACGGGAGG